AACGCGUUAUCUAAUCAGACCAAGACAAGGGACGUGGAGAUUGUGGCAUCAAAUACAACAAUUGGCAAAAGACAUGGAUGCAUUGUUGGUAAGAGUGAUGGGACUGCUGACAAAAUCUUAUACUUGUCGGUACCGGGCGAUGGGAGGCCUUCAACGUUACUUUUUUUGCGACCAACUCGACUUUCUCAAUCAGGCGAUGCGCUUACACUGCUCUACAUUUACAUGCUAUUGUAAAACAUUUCGAACUAACAACUCUACAGGCCCAAUCAAACGCUGCUAGCAAGAAGAUCGUUGAUUUGACUGCGCAACAAGAGGCUCUUAUCAAACGGGGUGAACCUUCCUCCGAGAGCGUCGAUAAAGAGCUCGAGAAAAAUCUCCGUGACAACAUCCGCUUUACGGAUCAGCUCGAGAAAUAUGGCGAAGAGAUGUGCGAGAAAAUGCAAAUCCUCGAGGGUCUCCGAGGAGCUUCCGAACCGGCGCCGUCAUCUGCCUCGCGCGCUACGUCUGUCGGGAAGUCGCAGCGCGAUCGUCAAUUCAAAAGAAAACCAACCGACGCUUUAGACGAUAGGGAUAGCGUGACUGAUAGCCCAAGUGGCCAUCCAAGCCCAAAGGUCAUGGCUGGUGGUCCGAAAGAUAGACUGAAGGCAAUGUCCACAGGAAGUCGGGCUGGCUCGGUUCCUGCGGGACGAGAAGGUAGCGUGAAGGCAGAAGAUGGCGACGACAAUUUUAAGGGCGAGAAACACCGCCUCUCCGUGGGCACAGAGGUUCUUUACCGGAACAACAAGUCACGCUCUCUGGAGGGCGAAGGUAUACUGUGCCGUGUCACGUCAGUCAUCGGUGAGGGCAAGCAGCGGCGCUACGAAAUCAUCGAUGCGGACCCGGAUCCGCCUACGCCAGCCCAACCGUAUCGAGCCUCAGUGAACCAUCUUGUUGCCAUCCCUCCAAUCUCAGCAAACGUAACUCUACCUGAUUUGGGUGUGGGGAAGCAGGUUCUUGCGCUCUAUCCUGGAACCACCACUUUCUACAAGGCAGAAGUUGUCGUUGCAUGGGCCAUCAAGAAAAAGAUCAAACAAGAAGAGCAAGAGGACGCCGACACCUUGGUUAGACUUCGUUUCGAGGGUGAAGAUGAAGCGGAUCGCGAAAUGAGCGUCGAGAGGAGAUAUGUCCUACCGGAUAAAUGAUUCCAGAGUUUGGACUAUUGCUGGAUAUUUACUCAUGGUGUUGUGGCGCUAUCUAACAAACUGGCUCAGAUUGGGGAGUAGGAGUUUUUCUGAACAUUUAGGGAUGAUCCCCAACUGCAAAGCUAGAUCAAACCAUUCUUCCUAUUCUUAUCAUACUCUCAUUAGCAUGCUCUACCUUUAACAUAAUACCCUGUGGUACACA